UCCUACCUCUUUAUAUUGCUUCUUGUCAAUCAAACACUUAAUCAUUUCUAGAAACAACUCCCUUUCCUCUUUAAAUUCGAAUACCUCUAUAAUCAGCUUUGUCAGAGUUGAGGAAUUCUGUCUCAGGGAUAUUUUGAAAGCAUCCAUUUUUAGCUGAUGCGUCAGCAGAUGUAUUAUGUUAUUCCUAGAUAUUGCACUCCAAACUUUGAACUCUUCAAUUAUAAACAUAGGCAGAGUUUUACUUUUAGCAUUAUAAAAUUCUUGACAGCUACACAAAAGCCUUAACACUUGUAUAUAAGGAUUAUCUGAGGUAUGGAAGUACAUGUGAAGUUUGCUUACUACUGGUGGACUCUUUUUUACUACAAAUUAAAACACCAGUUCAUAUAUUUUGUUGCAUUUUCUUAAAUAUUAAAAUAAUUAUACUUACACAUGUUCCACAUAUUUUUUAAAUCUGUGAAAAAGUUGAGUUCACUCUCAUUGAGGUCCAAGGAAAUACUUAUAUCUGAGCAGCAGUUAUUGUCAUGUUUUGAUAUGUUUUUACUUGAAACACUAGCUUUUUCCGCAACAGGGUGGUUCACAGUCCUCUGCUGUCUAUCACUACCUCUCCCAUGGUAAUCUGAGUACCUACCUCUUCCUCUUAUCCACCCAGGAUGGUAAGACAUCGUUUUGUUGUACCUUAAAAUAUCAAGUAACACCUAUUAAACUCCCAGACGGCAUCGUAGAUGAUUGUGAAAACACAAAAAAUUUAGACUUUCACAGACAUGUCACAGAAACAAAUGAAAAUUAACCUACAUAUUUGACUUACUUUUUAUACUUAUUUGUACUUUAAGAAAAUAUUACAACGCGUGCAUAACUUACGAAACACUUAAUAACGACCUAAAUUAAGGUAGAAUAACUUUCAAAAUAAUAAAAUUUGGCUCAACUAAAUAUUUUUGACGUUUAACGUCAACAUUCCAGAUCCCAACCUUAAAACGUCAAUAUUUUUUCUUUUUUACAAAAAAUUUAAGUCUUCUCAUAUUCGGGCGACCGGUUAAUAUAUCUUGUGGCUACUAUUUAACAUUGAAUGUGGACACGGAGAACUGAAUAACAUAAUUGUAAAAGUCUGCUAAAAGAAGCAUUUGACAUUGACAAGCAGUUGACAGAUAGUCACAAAAAUUGUUUUGUUUUGGGCCGAGUGUUGUAAUGUGUUUAUUUUGAUAAAAAUGAAUUCAAAUACAUUUUAUAUCAGUUUAUCAAUAUUUAUUUUAGUUAUCUUAAAUAAUGCUUUGCAAAUAGCAGGUCAAAAUUUCUGGAAAAUCCAUUCAGUUGACGAAGAACAAUUGAAACCAAAAGAAGACAAAAUAAUAUGGUGCACUAUAACUGCCGAAGAACAACAAAAAUGUCGGAACUUUUCUCUAGCAAACGAAAGAGAUCAAAUCAGAGUAGCAUACAGAACAAUCAAAAUAGAAUGUCAACAGGCUGCCAAUAAGAGAGAAUGCAUGCAGUUGUUAGAUGAAGAGACGGCUACAAUGACUACAUUGGAUGCUGGACAAGUCUUUGUUGGUGGAAGAUACCACAGUUUGAUUCCUCUUGCUCAAGAAAUUUUAGAAGGUGGUUUCAAUUAUUAUUACGCAGUGGCCGUGGUUAAAAGAGGCACUUUAAGUCAUGUCAAUUCCUUGCAUCACUUACGUGGUACCAAAGCUUGUUUUGCUGGCGUUGAAACAUUUGCCGGAUGGAUUCUUCCAAUAAAUACGUUAAUGAACGAAGGAGGUAUGGAAAUAAUUGACUGUAACAAUCACGUUAAAACCGCCAUAAAUUAUUUCGGUCCUUCUUGCGCCGUCAAUUGUCUGACAGACCAAUACAAUCCCAUCGGUGAUAACUCAGACAAACUUUGUCAAAUUUGCAUUGGUAAAAUUCCUGGCGGUAGAUGUACGGACUCUGAUCCAUACGCCGGGUACGAAGGAGCUUUUAGGUGUUUACUGGAAGCCGGUGAAGUGGCUUUCAUGAAACACAACACCAUUCCUGAGCUACUGAACGGACUUGAAUUUGGUUCUCUAUCACAAGAAAACUUCGAACUUUUAUGCAAAGACGGUUCCAGACGUCCUAUAAGCGAAUACCUAGCCUGCAAUUGGGGCAAAGUGCCAUCCGACGCCAUAGUAGUCUCAUCGGCGGUGUCUUUCGAGGAUCGCGUUAAAUUGCAGAAAUUUUUACAGAAAUUCGCCGAAAGAUAUCCUAAAUUGAACAGAAACAGCACACAAUCCAGUUUUUACGGGAAUAAUAACAAUAACCCGAAUCCGUAUGACCAAAGUACCCAAUCGAACUUUGAUUAUAACGCACAGACUAAUAACAGGUUCAAAAGGCAAACAGAUUAUAAUCAAUAUGGAAGAAACGAUCAAAAUCCUUACAAUAGGAAUAAUAACAAUAAUCCAAAUGACCCGUACAAUACAAGAACUGGUGAUGAUUAUAACAGAAACAAUAAUCCUUAUAAUAACGAUUUUAAUAAUCAAAAUGGCAUCAAUCAAAACCAAAACCCCAACGAUCCAUUCAAUCGAGAUCCCUACCAUAUCAAUCCCAAUCAGUACGGCGAAAACAUCGAUCCUUAUGGAAACCCAAACGAAAAUAGGAACGUCAAUCCUUUUAACGUGAAUACGUUCGGUUCGAACGAAAAUCCUUAUUCAGAUUAUAACAGGACCAAUGUGACGUACUUCGAAGUAUUCGAUUUGUUCGAAUCCAGCCCUAGAUAUGGGAUACAUCUUAAUUUGAUGUUGCAGGACGCCGCUCGUCAAAUAAACCCAGUUCCAGAAAACCAACAAACUUACACGAGUUUUUUGGGCGAUUCCCUGGAUACUGUUAUGGGCGUUAGACAAUGCCCUGUUGGUAGAAUGACCUUAUGUGUUACCUCGGAUGCUGAAAAAAACAAAUGUGUUAAAAUGAAGAUCGCUCUCAAAGCUCAGCUAAUGAAACCUGAAAUGGAGUGCUACAAGGGCCACUCUCAGAUCCAUUGUAUGCAAGCUAUAAGAGCGGGAACGGCUGACGUGACUUUAUUGGACGCCAGCGACGUCUACACUGCCGGUUUGAACUACGAUUUGGUGCCGUUCAUUAGCGAAGUUUAUAAUUUGGACGAACCCGAAUAUUAUGUAGUCGCCGUUGGGAAGGAAUCCGAUCCCAGCACUGAGUUGACCUAUCUAAAAAAUAAAAAUACCUGUCAUGGUGGUAUAAAUACGGCAGCAGGCUGGGUGUAUCCCUUGGCCUUCUUGAUCAGCAACGGAUGGAUCAGACCUUAUGGUUGCAACAGCGUCAGGGCUGCGGCCGAAUAUUUUUCGAAAAGCUGUGUACCCGGGGCUCUAAGUACCGAAUACAAUACCGGAGUACCGUAUGACAAUAUGUGUGAUUUGUGCCAUGGACCUAGCUACAGAUAUUGUAGACGGGACGCAUCUGAAGAUUAUUACGGACAUACAGGGGCUUUCAGGUGUCUUGUAGAGGGCGGUGGUCAUGUGGCUUUCGUCAAACAUACGACGGUGACUGAAAAUACUGGUGGAAAGAAGAGAGAAUGGUGGACUAGGGAUAAUUUGAACGAUGAUUAUGAACUUUUAUGUCCUGAUGGUACUAGGGCUGAAGUUAACGAAUAUAAAAAAUGCAAUCUGGGAAAAGUUAAAGCAAAUGCAGUCAUCACUAGAGGUGGUUAUGGUUAUAACGAAACUCAUAUUAAUGCUUUCAUCAAUUUGUUUUUGUACGCUCAGACCUUUUAUGGACGCAAAUUUGCUGACGAAUUCAGUUUCAGCAUGUUCUCGUCGCAACCACCGUUUGCCGAUCUAAUCUUUCAAGACGCAACGACCCAGCUGAAGGUGAUCGCGCCCGAAAAACGACACUACUCGGAAUAUCUGGGUAAAGACUUCAUGCGAGCCAGACGAAUUGUUGACUGUCACGCGGGUAGUUCGAGUUUUAGGACCACCCUCUUAGCGGUAAUCGUUCCGACGUUGUUUUUUCUACUUUUGUAGUAAAUUUUUCGUUGUUGUUGAAGUGAUAUUUUAAUUAGAAUUUUUUCCGUCCGAAAUUGUGUUUGGGAAAGUGCUCGUUUUUUCUACAGCGAUUUGUUAACAGGAAAAUUGUCGCAAGUUUUUAAUGUUCUUGGUAAAAAGUAUCAAGUUUUCUAACGUUUUUAGCUAUCUGUCGAUAUAAUAUUAUACAGUGUAUCUCAAAAAAUACUUUGUUUAUUGAGUCGAAUUAUAUUUUUUUUUUACUUUUGUGUAUGAUACAAAUUUUUAUAUAUUUAUGAAGUUUAUAUUGGGUUUUAAAUCGGGUACAAACUUGUAUUAUAAAGUUUUUUCAUUAGAUGUACACUUUUUGCGUCGCACUGUAUGUUCUUGAUACUAUACAGGGUGGUUCAUUAACGUUGCACGGAAAUUUAAGAUUAGAUUCCUUAGGUCAAAACAUGGAAAGAAAGUUUGUAAAAUAAAAAAAUAAAAUAAUUUCGUUUAACUUAAUUUAAUUUAAUUCUUUCAAAAAAAAAUUAGAAUUUUAAUUGCAUUUGGGAUUUGUGACAAUAGGAAUUUUUUUCCUGUUUGAGUCAAGGGAAUCCAAUCUAAAAUGUUAUCGUAGAAAUGAGCAUUUCCAUUGUUACUUUUUGUUAAAGUGUAAUAUUUUUUUUAUAAUAUUCGUUUUUUGACAAUUUUUGUAACACUUUUUAACUUUGAACAAACUUUUUUUAUAUGUAAUUAUUUAAUAUCAAUUUCGUUGAAUGUUUGGGUAAGUAGCUAAUAAGUAGUUAUUUUAAUGGUGUCCCUGAAAAUAGCGUGUUCCUGCCACAUACAUUAUAAUGAGGAUUACAAAAUUCUAAAAACAUAGGUUGGCAUUAGUUUAUAAAAUAAAUUUGACUAAUAUUUUCUAUAAAAGCUAUUUGAUGAAAAAUUUGAUAGUGUAAUAUACAAUAUUUUAUAAAAUAUAUAGUUUAAUACCGUCCAUAGGAAUAUAUAUCGAAUUGGCUGCAGUCAGUACAGGUUAGGUAAAUUUGUUUAAGAUUUUUUUAUUAUUGUUUGUUUUUAGUAUACAGCACAAAUGUAAUUUGUAAAACAAAUUUUCCGUUUGUUAUAUUAUGUAUUUCACCCAUGAACGCAUUAUUUUCAGAGACAUUCUGUAUAUAUUGGUGAUCACCUCCACCAAAAGUUCGCUUUUAACUUCUUAAACUUCUUAAAGAAUUUUUUUAUUAUUUAAAAAAUAUAGUUGGUAGUUUUUUUGACAUAUUUUCAACGCGAGUUUACAUUUUUUUUUAUAAAAAAUUAUUUAAGAACGUAUAAGAGAAUCAGGCUGAAAUAGCAAUAAAAACAGUAUGAAAUUUUACUAUUAAGUUUGUAUUUUGGUUCUUUAUAACAUUAUAAUUGUGGUAGCUUAAAAUUCCGUCCCUUAGGAGACUCAAGGACAAAAAAAUCCUCUCUACUCUUAAUAUUCCAUUAUAUUAUAAAUUAAUUUUUAAUUAAGUCAUUGUUCUAUUGAUUUUGCUAGGUCUACUGGGCUAAAAACCGAAAUUAUUAGGGGAAAAAUCCUCAUUAAGUUGAUUUACCUUGUAUAUAUUUUGCGUAUACAGGGUGUCCCAAAAAGUUUAUACAAAUGGGAAAAGUUUUAUCCAACAUUUUUAAUUUUAAAAAUUUCAUGCAAUAGAUUUUAUCUAGAAUACAUUUUUUUGUGAAAUGUGAAAGAAACUUUUUUCCCAUUUGUAUAAAACUUUUUGGGACACACUGUAUAUAAUCUCGAUUAUUAUGUAAGAACAAAUUAGUAUUAAUCAAAUAACUGCCUUAUAUCUUAUAUACAAGCAUUUUUUUGUUUAAUUGGAUAUAAGAAAAUGCCUACUUAAAAUUUGGAACUGCCUUUUUUGUGCCUGUAAUCAAAAAUAUAUAUUUAGAAAGUUAUUCCAUAUUUAAACGCAUCAAAUAGAAAAUUAUUCGUUUUAGUAUAGCAAAAAAUCAAAUUGUAGGUUUAAAAAUUGCUUUGACAGCUGUCAGAUUGUUUAGACUGACAGCUGCUUGUCGAGUCUUUAUUUUUAGGGUAUGGUCCGUUAUUAACCGAAAUAUCGGUUACUCGGUCCAAAACUAACCGCUCUGGUUGACAUUCCUGAAAAAUCGGUUAAAUUAGAACGCGGUUAUCUGAAAAUGGUGACUCAAACGUCAAUUCACUAACCGCUAUAUUUUUACGUUUACUAUUAAGUCGAAUGUCAAUCUGUCACAAAAGUGACGUAAAUCUCGCCAAUCUCUCCGUGGUCCAAAAGUAAGCAAGAAAUUAGUUUUUUUCAGGAACAGCUGUCAAAAAAUCCUGGUUAGUAGUCGGUUAAUAACGGACCAUACCCUUAUUAAGUAAGGCAUGUUUAUUGUUUUUAUUUUAUAAACUAUUGUGUUAUCGAAAAAUGUAGGUAUAUUAUUGUUUGUAGUAAAACUUUUUAUAAGAAUUUUUGAUAAAAUUGUCCCGUCCAA